AUGUGCGCAACUCACAAGGCAGUUCAGUCAGGCUGUGAUAUAAUGAAAGGAAAUCAAAUGGCCGGUAUAGAAAUAUAUGAAGAUCAUAUCAGAAAGGAGGAAGACGCAGAAGUAUUAGAGUUGAAGAGACAGGGGAAGAGAUCUGAGAACAGCAACCAACCUGAGACAUUUGUACCCUUGGACAGCAUUCCAGUCCCAAUGGGAUGUCUUUGUCUUCAUUGGAUGCGAAAUUUGGAAUAUCUUCUAGCAUCCCUGUUCUACCAGCCCGUCAUCGCGGUCGGCCUGCGCCUCUUGGGAGAUGGCAGCGUAUAUUGGGUUAGUUUUCAGGGGAUCAAUGCGUGGACUUCGUACCGCCCCCAUGGGGAAACGAAGCUAGGUGCUCGUAAUUUCGUGGCAGAGAAAUCAACUAGCAUUCGGAAGUCGUACCGAUAUCCGUCGAGAGUUGAAACUCGAGUGGCCGCAACACGCAAAUAUGACAAACCUCACAGGAAUUCAACUAAGAACCUUCCGAAAUCACCGCAAACAAUGAAUAUUUUCACCACUGAUCAUAAGGCGGCGGUUGUUCUGGAGAGGGCUGAUUCCGGAGAUGAUGAAUACGCGCACGCAGGGUUUUGUGAGGGAAUCAGAAUAAUUUGUAGAUGGUGUCUCCAAGUGGCUCAAGUGUCAGAUACAAGUGUCUACUGUUGCGAGGGCAUGAAGUUGAGCUUUGAACGAGGAAGGCGGGCGAGUGACGACAGCGAUUGGAAAGGAGAUGCGCCGCGUAAACUCUUCCGAGAUCGAAGCAACAGCUCAAAGCUCAGGUAUUUGAAGAUUUCCAGACUCCAUGCAUUAAAUAGCUGCCUGAAGAUACCUCAACUAUUUAAAGGAGCGUUGGCCACGUGCAUGCUAAGUCGGCCAAGGUUCGUUGUCACUCCUCCAUCUAUCCCACAUAAUCAUGAACCGAUACGAAAAAACGGGCAUUCCACAGGAGAAAAAGCGAUUAUAUUGCUAGAAAAAAGGACUCUGCAGCUAUCACCUUCCCAGGAGAAUCUUCGAGCCACCCUUCCGAAGACUCUGAAAGCGGAGAACACUAUGAGAACUGCGAAAAGCUGUGGACGCCGUGAAAGCCGUGAAUUCCUUCUUUUGGAAAGCCAGGCCCCCCUAUCACCUAUGCCCACCGAGAACAAUACCAGUCCUCUAAUGACCUCCACUAUUGUUCUCGCUCAGAUGACCAUGCACUACAGGGCUCACCUCAACUCUCCCGCCACUUCUAACAAGCCCUAUGUAGAGACGCGAGUGACUGCUCAGAGCGUCUCAUCGCACCACUUAACCCAGAGGAGGAUCUCUCGAGACGAUAUCCUUACCCUAAUCUCUCCUGGCGGUAGCCACCUGACAAGAAGAUUCAAACUGUUCGGCAAUAUCCCCGGCUUCAUGGGCCUACUCUAUUCAUUAGCACCCCCCGAUGAUAUUAUCUAUCUCUCAGCAUGGCUCACUCAAGCAUACCAAAUUUCAGCCAAAGAGCUGGCUAAUACAAGCUCAAAAGUACGAGUUAUGAAGACAAGCGAAGACUACAGCUACCCUAACCAAACUCAGUUCAAGGCCAAUUCCUACUUUACCAACCUGUUUCCUGACCGAGUCGCAUUUCAAAAUGGUAGAUACGAUAUAGCGCUAUGGCCUUCGACAUUGCCGUUAAUUCCUUACCCGCCACCGAUUAAGUCACUCAGAAUUCAUCUAUUUGUCUCAGAACCAGACCCAGUUUGCCACACACGCGUAAUGCCGAUGAAGGUAUUGAUGAGAAAACAUAGAAUACGAAUCAAGGGGUUGCCGCCGGUUCUUGAGAAGCAGUUGCAACAGGAGCUAGAAGCAGGAUGUGUGGCAUGCCCAAGGAGCCUCAAAGAUAGCGAUAUACUCUAA